UUUCAUGUCUAUCAAUCCAUCUGGCUUCUGAUUUUCCUCUGGACAAGCUGCAGUGAUGGAUGGGAAGUAACUUUGCCGAGAGCGUGUUUCGUUUUUGGCUUCUUUGACCGGAUUGAGCAUCUGUCGCACGAAAGAGAAGGAAUCAAAGUUACUUGGGAUGGUCAUUCGUCUGCUGCAAUCGGGACUCAGUUGGCAAACAGAGGAAUAAGUUUGCUCUUUUUAAAAGAGGUGGCGGACACUUGAACGGCUUUAUCUCUCCGAACCUUGCUUUCCGGUCGUUGGUUUGUUUUGUCUCUGGAGGGUGUCUUCCCGCCCAGAAGAAGAUGUCCAGCAAAACCAAGCUAAGAUAUUGGCGCUGGUUGGUUUUGGCAGCGCUGCUGGGCCAGGAGUUGUGGCAUUUCCGAGUCGCGGUGGCAAAGAAGGAGCGGAAGAAACCGAAAGAGCCAAAUCAAUAUACGGAGCCCCUCAACACGACUCUGUCCAACAGCGAAGAAUUAAAUGAACACUCCAAGAUGCUAGAGUCCACAGACCCUCGCAUCACAGACCCGCGCCGGACGUGGAUCUCAUUUGUACAGCGCCCGGGGGAUGGCAGCGCCUCCAAAAAGAAAUGCAGAGGGAAAGAUAAGAAAUUACGUGGGCUGGUAGGUCCUCCGGGUCCUCCGGGUCCUCCAGGUCCUCCAGGUGCCCCUGGGGCUGAAGUCACCCAGGAAGUCUUACUGCAAGAGUUCAAGGAGAUGCUAAAAGAAGCCACCGAACGGCGGUCGUCUCCAGAUCUCCCAGUUCAUCCCAGUGAGGUGCCCCCAUUGCUCUUUUCCCUGGAGGACCUCUCUCCUUACAAGCGAGUGGAAGAGGCCUUCCAUUGUAAACUGAAGGGACAGAUAGUGGUGGACAAGAAGACCUUGGUGGAACUCCAGAACUUCCAGAUGCCUUUGGCCAAAGGAGCUUUCCUCCGAGGAUCUGGGCUAAACCUAACUACUGGGCGAUUCACAGCAUCCGUAUCUGGCAUUUAUCAGUUCUCAGCGAACGUUCAUAUUGAUCACAGCGAGCUGAAGAGCAAACUGCAGCUUCGAGCGAGGGACAAUGUCCGGGUGUUGAUCUGCAUUGAAUCCCUUUGCCAUCGAUACACGUCUUUGGAAGUCAUUGCUGGCCUGGAAAGCAACAGCAAGAUCUUCACUGUGAACGUCCAUGGAUUGCUGCAGCUGCAGGCUGGACAGUACACCUCGAUCUUUGUCGACAACAGUGCCGGUGCACCCAUCACCAUUCAGAACGGCUCUGAUUUCAUGGGGAUGCUGGUGGGGGUCUGAUCCCAGGCAGCCCACGGCGUGGGGCGGCCAAGCGGAGAAAGAAAUUCACCCCAAGACUCUGUCCGAACUUUGUCUCCACGUCUGAACGUUGACGCCUCCUGUUCCUGGACGAUUGCUUCCUCUUUGCCACUUGUAUCCUGCACCUGAAUGAAGCAAAUCUACGUUUCCUUCUUCUAAAAGGUGUAAGAAUAGAAGAAAAGAGAAUAUUGAGAGAGAAGAGAUUUGGAGCAGAUGCAAAACCCAGACCAGAUUCUUCCUCCCUGCCGGAUCCAUUCU